UUUGAGAAGUGUCCUAUUCAUUGACUGUUUCAAUGUGUGAAUAGUGAACGACAGAAACUCAAGCUUCAUCAACAGAGCCAUGCACGGAAUGAUGUCAAUGAAACUGCUUCAUCAUAUGGUGAAGCAACGAGGUGUGAGGAGCGGGAACACAGACUCGAUCCAUGCCCUUUGGGGAGUAGCUGUUCAUCAGAUAAACCUGAUAUGCGGACAGAGAAAGAUGGAGACGGAAAGCAGAACAUCCUCAGCUGCUGAAGUCAGUCGCCCUGUGAAGCUUCUAUGUGGAAACAGAAUACUGAUGGACAGCCAGUCGUUCGUGAUACCAUCUAUGGGUGUGUCUUUCCAGGGCAUGUGGUCUGGCCGGCAGUACCACACUUUGAUACCUCAGCGACAACAGACACCAGCGGAGUGUCGUUAUACUCAAGUCAGGGCCAAGUCGAAGAAAAAAGUUUACGAUUCUGAUAGGGACACGGAUGAUGAUGAUGAUGAUGAUGGAUUAGACGAAGAUGAUUUUGAUGCUCCCUCAAAUUUCAAAUCAAUGAAAAUUCACACCGCUUCUCUGAGGGCAGAUGCAAUCAUUAGCAGCUCCCUCAACAUUGCCAGAAAUCGACUGGAUGAAAUAUUCCUGGGAUCUGGCUUGAUGGUGAAUGGUAGCACAAUGACCAAGAAGUCAGAAAAGAUGGAUGAAGGAGACUAUGUUGAUGUCAUCUCAGCCAAAAUGGAUGACCAACUCAAGGUCAAAAGGGUCAAAGUCAUCAAAGUAUAUCCGGAAAAAACUGGGACAGGAAAAUUUGUUGUUAAAAUUAGAGUGUGGAAAUCUCCCUUCCUUAUUGAUGCCCCAAGUAAAAGAUGACAUGGAAGUUGUAGAUAAAUGUAUAGUAACAUGUUUCUAUCUUUUGCUUGAGUUUUUUUUAGAAUAGAGCUUUCACAAUACUACUGUGACCAGAAAUACUCAAGUGAAGUCAAAACUGUCCAAGAAGGAAUCGCUAGGGAGUCAGAAAAGAUUUUGUAUUCAAGAGUCGCCUGUCCGGCUGGCAAGCAGUGGUCAAAACUUCUCUCAUUCAGAGUGUUAUCCUUGUGGCUCUAAUAAUUGCAUGCAUCAGUGUUACUUAUCCAUUGUUAUCAGUGCUUGCAUCUCGCCACUGUUUCAACUGUUUGACCAAUUAAAAUCAGAAACAAUUGAAA